AUGAGGUUAUUUGAGAGAUGUAUAUACAAAAAUGAGAUCGCAGAUGUUAUAUAUCACUCAAUCGAUUCUGACCAAUACGCAUAUAAAGUGGGACAUAAUUCAACGAUGGCUUUAGUUAAAUGUCAACAUACGUGGUUGAAAGGGUUGGAUAAUGGUGUAAAAUAUGUGAGAGUACUAUCAUUUGACUUUAGCAAGGCGUUUGACAGUGUUCCACACGACAUACUAUUUGGAAAAGUUAAGAAAUUGCCUUUUAACCCGUACAUCAUAAAUUGGUUGAUAGAUUUCUUAAAAGAUCGCAAACAGAGAGUAACAGUUGAUGGCAUCACAACCGAGUUCUUGAAAAUUAAUCGUGGCGUGCCUCAGGGGACUGUUCUAGGCCCGAUACUAUUUUCAAUAAUGGUAAAUGACAUUAAACCAGUCAAUCCAAUCAAUGAACUCUGUAAAUUCGCUGAUGAUAUAACAAUAGAAGCCCCGGGCUAUGAUGAGGAUGAUACAAGUGCUGAAGAGGUAGAAAAUAUGAAAUUAUGGUCGGAUGAAAAUCGAAUGGUGCUGAAUAUGAAUAAAACAUACGAAAUGAUUGUUCGUGGGAGAACAUCUAUACCUCUACCCAGUUGCAUUCCGUCCAUCAAACGGAAAACAUGGCUCAAGAUACUUGGAAUUACCCUUGAGGAAAUACCGAAAAAUUGGGACAUACAGUUCGAAGAGAUGCUUAAAAAAACGAGUGGACGAAUGUACAUCUUACGUGUGUGUAAAUAUUAUGGUUUUACAACAAAGCAGUUAGAACUUCUCUUUCAGAGUUUAAUAAUGUCAUUAUUCACUUUCGGAACUGAACUUUGGGGAGGAGCAUCUUACACUAAAUACAUUAGUCAGAUUGAUAAGUUCAUAAAUCGUGCAUACCGUAAUGGGUAUGUAACAGAGAAAUCUAAUUUUAGAGAAAUAAUUAAUAAGAGAGACAAGAGAUUAUGGAAAAAAAUAUUAGAUGAUGAAAAUAAUGCACUAAGAGAACUUUUACCAAAUAAAUUAAAUCGAACUUUAAGGCAAAGGGGACAUGACUUUGAGCUGCCCUCAGUAAGAGCUGAAAGAUUUAAAAAAUCUUUUGUAAAUAGAUGUCUCUUCAAUUUUAUCUAGUGUAUGAUACAUUUUAAUAAUUUUUAACAAUAUUGUAGAAUUUUACUAGUUUUAUUAAAUUAUUGAUGUAAAUAAUUAAUGUAAAAUAGACUAUAUUCUUAUAAUUCCAUGUAAACUCGGACGUGUGUUUCGAGUAUUGAUUAAUAAAGACUAUUAUUAUUAUUAUUAUUAUUAUUAUAUAGCGUACGAGAUCGUCUAUCCGCGAACCGACCACCUCCGGAAAGGUUUGACAAAUCGUUCGUCCCUAUUUCCAAAGCGACGAUAUCCGGUUUGUAGCUUUUGAGAAAGGAAAUAUCAUUAAACACUUUGUCUACAGUUCGACCGCCCGUGCCCUUCAAAGAUACGUACACGCCUGAAUUGGCCAGGUUAAAAUUUUGUUUGGCACGGGAAUCAAAACCGUUGUUUAAAUCGUCGUUUAAGCGACGCACAAAAGAAUGACCAAAUACCAAAACAUUAGGAAUGAAACCCGACAUGUUUCUUGAGGAUAAAUAAGAUAAAAGGAAACACACAAUACCUGAAAAAACUUUGGAAGAAAGUAUACAAGUGUUGCUCCUGACUGACUUCGGUAGAAUAACCUAACCUUGACACGCGCGCCUUUUAUACGCAGCAUCAGAUUAAAAUUCCCAAAUGUAGCAACUUCUCCCCGUGAUAUUUCGUUGCAUGCGUUACGUCAUCAUUUCAUUAGCUAUAGUAAAUUUAACUAUAUAUAUACAUAUAUAUAUAUAUAUAUAUAUAUAUAUAUAUAUAUAUAUAUAUAUAUAUAUAUAUAUAUAUAUAUAUAUAUAUAUAUAUAUAUAAUAGGGAAAGCAAUAAAAUUACUAUUCGGUGAACAAAUAGUUCCUUUAUUUAUUUACAAUUAUUUACACACGGUAACAUCUCAACAAUAGCCCUAAAGUAUCUAAAAGUUAUGAUAAAUUUUUGAAAAAAUAAAAAGGUUGAUUUUCAGAUGGCCGUGUAUUUAAAAUAGGACUAAAAUAGAAAAUAUGUACACAAUUUAAAAGUAUAAUGUUAAAAAUGUUAAAAAAGUGAUCUUAUAAAAUUUAUUCAUUUCAAAUCUUUCUGUGAAGUUCAAUAUCGUUCCAAGCUGCAGCACCUUUGUAACUAAAGCUACGCUUUAAAGCGUUGGUGUUGGGUUUAGGCAAGUAGAGAACGUGGUUGUUACUUCUUAAUUGAUACGUUUGAUUAGAAGAGAUAGUAAAAACUCCCGGAGGUAAUCAAUUGAAUUUCCUUUCAUUAUUUGUAUCAUUAGAGUUUCUAGUUGUUUCUCUCUCCUUUCCUGUAAGGUGUCCCAACCGAGUUUGGUUUUGACGGCAUCAGAGUGCGUUUCGUAGCAAUCACUUGCAUGUGAUUAUUCGACCUGCUUUAUUUUGUAGCUUUUGUAGUUUGUUUUGCAAGGUUUUGGAACAAUUAUCCCAUACCAACGCACAAUAGUCAAAAUGCGGUAAAAAAAACCCGCUAUAAAUAGUUUUAAGAGUAUCUUUAUCAAGUAAGUCUUUAGAUCGUCUCAGUAUUCCAAUCCCUUUCGAGGCUUUUUUUGCUACCUUAUCAAUGUGGUCUUUCCAGGUGAUGCAUUCAUCUACUAUAACGCCAAGCGUUUUGGUAGACGAAACACGUUUGAUGCAUUCAGAUCCUAUUGAUAGAAUUGGUUCAGUACUAAUUUGGGACUGCCUUUGUCUUGAUCCAAUUAACAUAUACUCAGUUUUAUUAACAUUUAGGGUUAACUUAUUGGCUAAUAGCCACAUGUGAACAUUAUUUAAAUCAUUUUCCAACUUUUCCUGUAUGUCACAUGUGGUAGAGCCAUUUACAGUAAGAUUAGUAUCAUCAACAAAAAGUGCUGGGACUGAAGAGUCAAGACAAUUCGGCAAAUCGUUAAUGUAGAGAAGGGGAACCAAGAUUUGAUCCCAAAAACAGAAGGGGACCAAGAUUUGAUCCCUGCGGCACACCUGUUGUGAUUUUCUCACUUUUUGAAAUUGUUACCCCAACUUUGCAUACUUGUAUUCUAUGACUAAGAUAUGAGGUGAACCAGCGGAGAGCAGUGUUUUUGAUACCAUAAAAUUCUAUUUUUUUAAUCAUAUAUGUACAAGGAACGAACUGGUUGAUGAUUUGUUAAAGUUCAAAAACGUGCAGCUACUGCAUACAACAGACGUGCAGCUACAACCGACACAAUAACUGUUUUGCUUUUUUCACGAAUUCGAAAGGAUCCUUUUGCACAAUUUUAUCAAAAUGUUGCUCAAAACAAUUAGCUCCCUCUGAUCGGUAAAAUGAGUCACUUUCUGUCGUGAUGUGCAUGGUCUGAGUACUUGUUCAUAACGUUCCAUCUAACGAUGGGUAUAAGUCAGAACUCUCCUAUAGUGAAGCUAAAAAUGAUCGAAAAAUGACGACUUCUCUUAAGUACAAACCAUUGGCAAAAGUAAAAGUACUGUGUUACAUUGAAAAAUUUCCCCUUUUCGAAUUAAGUUCAUUCGUCAUUAAUUAAUUCAUUACACUGUAAUUUAUGCGUUCAUCAUUCAUUCAUGACCAAGUGUAAGACGUCUGAGCUUGGGGCUAAUUUUGCACUUUUGAACGUAUGGAAUCGAAUUAAAUAUAAUUUUUGAAUAAUAAGCAAUGCACGUUCAUCAAACCACUAUAUUUCCACUGACCCCAUCGUUCCCCUUGCAUUAAAGUAACCCACCGAUGCAUGUACAUAAAGUAACCCACCAUGCGAACCAUGACUGAGCUUCAUAUAAUUACAAAUUGUACUUUUCUUUUAAUAUUCACAGAUUUGGUCGAAAGAAAACUGUCGUUGUUGGUUUGGUUGUUGCGUUCAUAGCAUCCAUUAUUUCCGUCGCAAUACCUGAUGAUCGCUCCAAUGAUGGUAACUAUAUAUUGAUAUUUUAACCGUGAAUAUUAUUUUAACUAGAAAUACAUGCAUGCAACAACACCUUUAUUUUCCUAUAAACAUUGUUUUAACAUGAAGUAUGCUAACUUACGCCAACAUUCAACGCAGGCUCGCGUUGCCGCGUCAUGUUAGCCAUGAAGAUGUUCUGGUCAGCUUUCAAGUCGGUUUCCAACCACUCGAACAUACCCAACAAAAUGACUUGGUCUCAACCUGACGGUGGAAUGACUUCAGCCAACAACCCAUCCGAUAUUGCAAUAUACUAAACCAAUACUCCUACUCUGUCUUCAAAUCUUCUGAUGGCAACGACGAUGAAAUGUCCUUUCCUAACUGUAAUGAUCUGAACUCAGACACCUCAGAAUAGAGGUGUGCAUCGGAUCGGAUUGGACGUUUAUAAUCCGACAAUUGGCUAAUGUUUAAAAUCCAAUCCGAUCCGAAAUUGUCUAAUCCGAAUCUGAUCCGAGUUUUGAUAAAGAAUUCCGAUCCGAAGGAUCCUUUAAUAAAAUAAAUUUCUCAUUAAAGUGGAAAUAACCAAAUAAUAAUUAUUUAUAUAAUUAAUUCAUUUUAUUUCGAAUAUCGAAGUCCGAUCCGAUCCGACUACGAAACAACUUUAUCAAUCCGAUCCAAUCCGAAAUGAAUAUUUUUGUUCCGAAAUCCGAACGAAUCCGAUCGGAUCGGAUUUGCACACCUCUACCUCAGAUUUGUGGUUGUUGGUUUGGUUGUUGCGUUCAUAACAUCCAUUAUUUCUGUCUCAAUACCUGAUGAUCGCUCCAAUGAUGGUAACUAUAUAUUGAUAUUUUAACCGUGAAUAUUAUUUUAACUAGAAAUACAUGCAUGCAACAACACCUUUAUUUUCCUAUAAACAUUGUUUUAACAUGAAGUAUGCUAACUUACGCCAACAUUGAACGCAGGCUCGCGUUGCCGCAUCAUGUUAGUCAUGGCAACACGAUCAUUGUUUUUAAAUUUUUCCUUUUAACGAAAAAACCCCCACUUUUAACCAUAGUAGCCCAAAAAUGCGUGGUAUUUGUCUCUUUUAUGCAAUCUCAUAGCUUGGAAAAGUUCUGAAAGCUCUAAUACAAGUCAACUACGAGGACAUACUACCUAAGGAGAAUGACGUUCGAGUGUUAGAUAAUCAACGUACGAGCGAGCUGACCACAGAAGAGAUACUGAGAAAAUAUCCAGAUGUGUUCGAAGGUCUUGGGGACCGCUACAUCUAGAAACUGAUGACUCGAUCAAGCCAGAACAAAUACAUGCACCUAGAAGAACACCAGAGGCCGACAACCACUGAAACAUCAUCUGAACGACCUUGGGGAACAGGGAAUCGUCCAGAAAGUUGUGGAGCCCACAGAAUGAGUGAGCUCAGGUGUAGUUAACAGGAUUACGUGUAACAAAUGAUAUCAUGAUGAAUAUGAAUCGUCAACAUGUCACCUUAUUAGUAAUGCUUGAUCUCAGUUCUGCAUUUGAUACCGUCGAUCACGAGAUCCUCUUGGCAGACUGAAUCACGAAUUUGGAAUAAAGGGCCAAGUUCUGGAUUGGUUUACUUCAUAUCUCAGCAAACGUUCUCAGUUUAUUUCGGUUAACGAUCUAGACAUUUUGUUGUAGGAUGUGGAGUCCCUCAGGGAUCAUGUCUUGGACCCUUGUUGUUUUGUUCUAUAUGUCAGUAAAUUGUUCAACAUUGUGGAAAAACACCUACCUGAUGCUCAUGCAUUUGCUGACGAUACACAGCUUUAUGUCUCGUUCAAGCCAGAUUUGAUGUGUGAUCAACUUGCUGCAGUUACUGCCUUAGAACAGUGCAUUGAUGAUAUAAAGGAUUGAAUGCUCUCAGAUAAACUAAAGAUUAAUGAUGGUAAAACAGAAUUUUUAAUUAUUGGAACUCGACAGUAACUAGUGAAAGUGAACUUUAGUUCUCUGAGGGUCGGUGAUAACCCAAUCUACUCGACUGACAAGGCAAAGAAUUUGGGAUUCUGGUUGGACUCUCAGAUGAAACUUGAAACCAAUAUAGGCAAGUGUUCAUGUGAAGCUUUCUUCCAUCUGUUUAACAUUAGACGGAUAAGGAAGUUUCUUACCUAUGAAGCUGUGAAAAUAUUGGUCAAUUCGUUGGUAAUAAGUCGAUUCGACUAUUGUAACAGUCUUCUUUAUGGUUUACCAUCAAUUCAUGUACACAAACUCCAGCGUGUUCAAAAUGCCGCAGCUAGAUUAAUAUACAAUACUCCACGCUUUGACCAUAUCACUCAGACUCUAUAUAAUCUGCACUGGCUACCGGUAAAGUCUAGAAUAGACUUCAAACUGUUACUAAUAGUAUUUAAGGCAUUGCAAGGACUCGCACCUGAUUACAUAAUUGAACUUAUUACCAUCAAGCCCAUUUCAUGUAACAACAUUAGAUCGAACCAAGAACUUCUACUUCAACCACCUUCUGUGAAGACCUUGGCCAUUUUAGGUGAUCGCGCAUUUGUUUCUGCAGCACCUACCCUUUGCAAUUCCCUACCUCCAGUCUCCACACAUCCGGAGAGCUAGUUCUGUUGAAAAUUUUAAAAGACUUUUAAAGACAUAUUUAUUUAAGAAAGCAUAUUUGUAAGAUAAUAAUUUAACAUUGAACAUAAAAUAGUUUUAUUAAUUUUUAUACUUUUUCUUGUAUUAACUCUUCUAAAUAAUUUUGUUAUGCGCAUGUGAACAUAUAUAAAUGAAAUAUUGCGCUCUAUAAAUGCAAUUAUUGUUAUUAUUAUUAUUAUUAUUAUUAUCUUGAUGAAAACAAAGCGACCGGACCUGACAAAAUACCAACAAAACUCCUCAAGAACUGUGCGUCCAGUGUUUGUUCGUCGUUAUGCGUUCUGUUUAACAAAAGUUUAUCCUUAGGUAAACUUCCGUACGAGUGGAAACUUUCCAACAUAAUCCCAAUCCCAAAGAAAGAUCCAGCUGAAGAGGUAUCAAACUACUGACCAAUAUCUCUAUUGUCCUUGGUCUAAGACCUUCCUUACAUGGAUGUUAUGCGUGACCAGUGCAGUUCGACGAAUAAAGCCGAGCAUCGAGUUUGCUUUUAAUGAGAUAUCUUCGACUUGUUUCUUCCACUUGAGAUCUUUCGUGACAACAAUCCCUAGGUUAAUGACUUCAGAGGAUUAUCCAGAAGUUUGUAUUUUGUUGUGAUUGGUCCGCGACUUCUUGUGAUGUUCAUUAUUCCACAUUUCGAUUGAUUUAAGUCCAUCUUCCAGGUUGUACACCAAUUAACGAGAUCAUUCAGAUCAUUCUGCAAUUCUUGCCUCGGAGGAAACCGAAUUGUAAAUGGUGGAGUUGAGUGGAAAUGUGUGAUAUGAGUUGGUUGUAGACACAACGUUCGAGGACUUUGGAGACCUCUCAUUGGUUCGCAGCAAGCUGGGUUAUGCCAGCCUGGUAUGGGCACCUCGAAACUGUAUCCGACAUACUGACAAUAGAACGAGUCCAACGCCGAGCGACGAAAUUUAUCCUUUCCCUCCCCUAUAGAACAGUCACUACAUACAAGGAACGACUAUGGCUAUUGGUAUUCUCCCAGUCUGCUAUUGGCACGAAUAUUUAGACUUAGUUUAUCUUUACAAGUGUAUUCUAAGCAAUGAUAUCAAUAUAUCAAUACGAACAGCUAUCCGAAAUACGGCAAGAAAUGCCGACUCUGAUAAUGGCAUUCUUCUCAAUGUAUCCAGAUGCAGAACGGUUAGCUAUAAGAAUAAUUUUUACGUGAGAGUGCCUAGCGUUUGGAACGUUCUCCCUAGCGAUAUUCGUGCAGACACUUCAAGAUUACUAGUGUACUUUAAAAACUCAUUACUUAAUUAUUACUUUAACUUUUUAGAAUAUAUUUACAACCCGGACAAUCCAAAAACAUUCGAAACAGUGUGCGUCAAGUGCCACACAACUCGGUCUCUUCAUAGCCUAUCAGUGAGGUCAUGUUGUUGACAAUCAAAUAGCCUAUGGAAUUUGUUUUAUCAUGUACAUUUAUUUCAUGUAGAAUUAUGUAUGGGAACCCGUUAUUGGAGAUUGCCUCUGUGGCCAAUCCCUGCCUGUGUUGUAUGCAUAUUUUGUCUAGUCUAAUUUAUGUCUGUUAUGUUUGGCGAAACUUGUAAAUAAAUAAAUAAAUUGAAAUGUGUGUGAAAGAGAUUGAUCUGUGGAUGGUCAAAACUAAAUUGAAAUUGAAUGGGGACAAGACCGAAUUACUAGUAAUCAUGCAAUGCACGAAAUCGUUUAUGCGCAGACUGCUAUAGAAUAUAUAGAAGUAUCUAAUUCAAGAUUUCAACAUGCAAGGUGUAACUUUCGACCAGCACAUGUACAGAAUAUGGAUAAACAUGUUAACCAAUAUUUGCAAAAACUGUUUUUUCCUUUUGAGAAAAAUAAGAAGAAUAAAAGAGUAUUUAUCAACGUCAGAUAUCCAAACUUUAGUUCAUGCUUAGGCUAUAUUACAUCGAAACUGGAUAAUUGUAAUUCUUUAUUAUACGGAUUGCCUAAAUUUCUUAUUGAUCGGUUACAGAAUGUGCAAAACUGUGCUGCUCGUUGAUCCGGUGACAGGGAGCAAAAAAUACGAUCAUAUUACUCCAUCAAUGAAACAAUUAAAAUUGGCUCCCCUGCAGUCAACGCAUCAUCUAUAAAAUUGUUCUUAUUAUACGUAUAAAUCUCUGAAUGGUUUAGCUCCACAUUACAUUAAUGAUAUGCUAAAACCUUUCACACCAUCAGUAAAUUUACGCUUCUCGUCCAAAGGAUUGUACCAUACCAUCAGUAAGACUAUAGGAUCGUUCUCAUAGUCCCAUAUCGUAUCGAAUGAGCCAACUGUCGCCAGUGUCGUGGAUACGUUUGAACAUAUAAGUCCGUAUAUAUAUGCUGCUGAAAGAAUUUAUCAAGCCAUGAUCAAUCCAAAGUGUUUUACUGCUAUGCUGUGUAUACCGACUGCAUGCGGUCUCAGUAGCUCAGCUAAUUCUAAAUUACAGAGAUUGCAAGAUACAGCAGCGAAAAUAAUUGGUCCGAAAAAUUGCUUACACGAUGUUGUUGUCACCUGCCUACCUCCUCCGCAGGCGCUUAGGAACCGCCCGCAAAUUUGCCCGGAAAAGGGCCUGCGGAGGAGGUAGGUCACCUGCCGUAAAAGACGUGUUGUGAUAGCCGUAUUCAAAUCACUGUACUCACUCGAUUCAAAUUCCCCCCGUGAACUUUCACCAUUUCAACCACGGAAUAAACACUCGCAACAACAAGUCGCAUUUAGUUAUUCAUUUUCAGUGAAAGGAGCUCUACUGUUUAACUCAUUGGGCGAGGAAAUCAGGAAUGAGCCUUCCCUUGUGAAUUUUAAACAAAAACUGCUACAACUUAAACUUUUUUAUCUAUUUAAUAAGUAUCAGUCAUUUUACUCUAUAGAUUUUAGGUAGUGACAGUAGUCUAACUGCUAUAUAGACUUUUCUUAACUUACUGUAGUUACAGGUCCUUCACUGAUCUUAACUUACUGUAGUUACAGGUCCUUCUUUGAUAGCAGGCUCAUGCUUAUUGCCUGAAGAAGUUAAUCUGUUAAAAUAGGCUUACUAAAAACAUGGAUUGUAAAAUAACUGGAUAGGAAACUUCCUGACGUCAUUGACCUCAUCCUUUUUGAAAAACGUGUCGUCACGCGUAUUGCGAAUAUUACCAAAGUUCUCGGCAUUUUUGUUGUUUUGCUAUAUUUUCCACUUUAAAAAGGUGAUAUUGAAGCAUAAACUGGUCUAAUUGUUUCAAAAACAUGCCUAAGCCACGACAAAGUAUUCAAGGUAAAUGUUUUUCGUCUUUGUUUUGUAUUUUUUACAUUUGUAGCUACGAAAUUGGCGUCACAAAUUUUAACGAAAUGUGCGAUAUAUUUUUCACUGUUUAGUGCUUGAAAUAUUUGCUAAAAUUGACUGGGAAUACUUAGAGUUUUCAUCGUAGAAUGGCGUGGUUAUAUUUAUUUGCUCUUUGACUAAAAUGUUUAGCUGUAUUAUUGCUAAACAUGCCGUUUUUGAGAAUUUGGUUUGCAACUAGGUUUGGACAUCCAACCACGCCAUCAGCCCAUUGAAAACAUUAGGUCACGUCAGCUAGUUUCCUAUCCAUUUAUUUUAUUAUCUAUGCUAAAAAUAAUAAAUAAUUCAUGUGCAAGGGUAAUUUGUACGAUGAAGGCUACCCAGAAAAUGAGCAUCAAGUUAAACAUUAGCUAGCUAUAUAUUCUGUGUUUUGCUAUAAUACUAUAGUCUAUGGCUUUUGUCAAAGCAUAAAUUUUGCAUUCUUUUCAGACAGUAUUUUUGCUCAUUCAACAUUCUGUAAACACGAAUUGUGUCAUGUUACAUGCAGGUUGUGCCACCAACGUUUCGCUAUUUUCAAACUAAAUUUGAAAGCAUUUUCAAGUCGGUGUUAAAUUUUUGGCUUUGUAAAAAAUGUAGAAGUGUUAAUAUAUUUGGUUUGAAUUUCGCAUUUUAUUGAAGCUGACAUUUUGAAUUUAUUAUUUUGCCCUGUUUUGUUUUGCACUGAAAUAACCGAUAUUAUAAUUGUUUACGUUUUGUUACGGCGUUUUUUACUGCAACAUAUAUUUCCAGUCAGUCCAAUUGUGGUGCUUUGUGGCCCCAAACAGCAGCUGCAAAAUUGCCUUUCCAAGGCUUCGUUCAUGUUGUUUUUGUUACCAAAUCAACGAAGUGGAACCAUUGGUGGAAACACACGUAUAAAGAAUACGCGCGCAGUUUUCAGAAACACACGCAUCUAGAAUACGCGCGCAGUUUUCGCGCAUGCUCAGACAAUUUUCCUACCUGUUCUACCGCUAGCAGCGGCUUUUCCCUCGCUCCGGGCAUACACCCGCAACGGCGCUUUGCGCCGUUGGCCCGGGGACAAAAUUUGUACUUAUGCAAUAAGAUUAAGUGUUGAGUUUACAUACUGUAUAUUUUGCAAGCCAUCUCUGCAAUUAACACCCUUUCCAAUCCAUUUAGGCUAUACUGGUGGGCGAAUAUUUCUAGCUAUUGUGGCCAAGUUUUUCAUUAAUAUGGCAUUCUCUGGAAUUUAUAUUUGGAGUGCAGAAUUAUUUCCAACAUUUGUAAGGUAAGUAUAGUUGUGCUUAUUUCCUUAUUAAUGGAAUAUAUAUAUAUAUAUAUAUAUAUAUAUAUAUAUUAUAAAAUUCUCU